AUGGCUUGUGUUCUCAUACCGUUCCGUCGGAAAAAAGCAAGAGCUGAUAAUUUUUUAAUCACAGCAUCUGUUUCGCUAUUGAAUGUCGAAUUACGCAAGAAAAGGUGGUAAGGGACAAGAUAAAGUAUUUUCUUUCUCUCUUUUCUAUUAAGAGUUUAGCCUUCGAAGCUACUUGUCUCACUAGAGUCAGACUUUUUUUUACUUUUCUGAUUAGAAAAUGAUCAAAAGUUAAACUCUGACGAAGCGUACAAUUUCGAAAACAAUAUGAAUUUCACUAGGAUUAAUUGAAUUGAGGAAAAAAUAUGCGUUUUAGAAUUUGGCUGAGUUCGAUUUCACUGUUGAAUUCCGCGUGAGACUUAAGCAACAGAAACAAAGGGUCUUUCCCCAAACUGAAUAUUGUUUGCCCUUUGAAGUUGCAAGACUCGGUAAAAAACAAAUACUUAGCUAAUUGGUAUUUUUCACGGCGGUGCUGCGAGAGAAAGUUUUUGAUAACGGUCAAUCAUUAACAGCAAGGGGGGAGGGAGGGGUAAGUUUUACUAGUUACCAGUCUUGGCAUUAAGACAUCAUGGCGGCCGCCUUGAAGCUAUGAUGUACUUCUUUGCCUUUUGUCAUAUUCCAAAAUGACAAAAGAUGUAAGUGCAUCUCAGACCUUGAAUCAUAAAACGUCAAUCGUUUAUAUAGGGAUAGAAUCCGCACUGAACAGAAAUAUGGCUAACUAUGGCAACUUUCUCACAUUAUGCAGACAUUCUUGUUUUGUUCUUCAACUAGGUAUCCCCACAAGCUUGCAGUUUUUUGGAAAAAAAGGAAAGCGAAAUACAGUACAAAGGUAGUCAGUGUAGACUUUGGAUCUCUGUUCUUUCUCUCUUAGCUCAUUAAACGUUAUUGAUGUCUUAAUCGUCAGUUUGAGUUAAAGAAAUAUUUCUUGCAAUACUUUUUUUCUCUCAGCCUUUAGCAUGGUUUGGAGGUGUUGCAAAUGAUUAUCGUGGUGUUCAUUUUUGGCCUGAGCCUGAUCCAGUAGCUGGUAAACUUACUCUCCUCAAGGUAAGUUUUGAACAAAGGCAACAUGAGGUAGAAAUUUGAGGACAGAUUUCCUUAAAGUGCCACAGUAUUUGGAAACGAAAUUUUAGUCCAAAAGACUUGCCUUCGUCAUAGUUUCUUUUUUUGAAACCAUCGUUUUCGUAAACACGUUAUACCUACUUACUGAAGCCUUCUUUGCUUUUUAUUUGGCUUGCUCCUUCCUCCAAUUCAAUUUGCGUUACGUUUUAAGAAAUUUUGAAAUAAAAACAGUCCAUCUUAAUGUUAAAUCUAUUAUAACUUUCAUUCUAAAAGUUCAAAGCACAGCAACUGAAGAGAAAAAAAAAUUAUGAAACGCUAUUGAAUUUAUGAAACGUUUGAGGACAUAUGAUUAAAUUUAUAUUGCCAAAGCCAUUAUAUGAACUUUAUUUCACAAUAACACUUCCUGGAGGUUAAAAGACACUGGACAGGCAAAAUUAAUAGGGACCUUAACCAGUCAGGAGAGUGAUGCCUAGGAAGACAAAUUGAUUAAAAAUAGAUCUAAAUUUUUUGUUUUGAAUUUCCUUAAUAGCAGCAUGAAUGCUUUUACUGUCUCUAACAGUGCCACAUCUCAACCUCUGUAUAAUGUGUGUGAGCCACAUUGAGUUCCAUAUUGAAAGUGAAAUAAUUUUCUGUCAGUGUUCCUGUACACAGACCACGUCAAAUUUGAUUUGACUUCAACAUGAAAAAAGUUCUAAAUGCUAGUGCUUAGCUAUUGUUCUGCUCAUUUGGUCUUUUGUUUUGUCACAUCUUCGAUUCCAUUGUUCUUGUGGUUUGUUCAAGGUCCCUAAUAUUGUUGUUAUCAAGUUUGUUUCUUUAUUUUAAAACAAUAUUUAUUUGUAUUUGUAGAACUCAGAGGAUGAAAUGACAGAAUAUCUAGAAAAGCAGUGGAAUAUUUUCAUCUGUAAUGUAAGCUUUUCCUUUUCAAUAUUAUGCAAGCAUGUAGUCACUCUUUGAUAUUAUUUUCACUCCAGGCAGUUUGGAGUAAAUCUGAACACUUUUCAUCUUCCUCUUGCUUCUUUGAAAUCAUUAGGUGUCCCCCAGUGGUUGUCACCAGCUUCUGGCCACUGGCUGUAUUGAUAUCAGUAAUUACAUUACAGAGAUGCCUAGAAAAGUGGAAGUUACUGUCACUCUUAAGCCAGCAAUCAAGAAAGUUGUUUCUGGUAAAAUUGAGUUUGAAUUAUCAUGGAUUAUCCAGGAAGAUGACAGAGUUGUUCAGUGAGUAUUCUUCCGUAAUUUCCAUAGCUAGUUAUUGUAGUGAUCAUCCACCUUAUGUUUGGCAUUUAAAAGUUAGUUACUUGAUCAUGAACUUGAUCAAUAAACUUUCAAAGUGAGAUAUUAUCAUUUUGCUGCAUAAUCACAAGGGUCAACUAAAAUCUAAAGUUUAGUUGCUCAAUGGUUUUUAUUCAUGCAGUUAUUAUUUGUUUUGUCUAAAAGUAAUUGUAUUGUGAAAUUCCAUUAACUCUUUUGCAUUACCUUUACAGUCCCACAGAUGAAGAGAUAUGGGAAGAGAUAAUGCAGGAGGUCAGGGAGGAACAAGCAAGAAGAAAAGCUGAGGGAAAGACAGCAAAACAAAAAUCUUUGAAAAAAAGAAGGCACAGGAAAUGUGGCUGCUCAAGUGAUACAGACAUUGCAACUGAAGAAGACAAAAAGAAAGAUAAAAGCAAUAAAGUUGGCUGCUCAAGUGGUACAAAAAUUGCUGUUGCUGGGGAAGAUAAAGAAACUAUUGAACAACAAGGUGGCAUCUUCCCAAAUGCUGAACCUCAGGUGGAUCCCUCAUCUGGCAGCAAUACCAAAGUGGGGUCAGGAAAGGUCGGGAGGCAGUCUUCACCUCAUCAUGCACAUCUUAACCCUGUUUCACCCCAAACACACCCACCUGCUAGCCAGGGUCUGCCAUUAGAGAGUGAAAGAGAAAAAAAGAGGUGCAAAGUGAAAGGAACCUUCAUAAAACUGUCAGGUUUCAAAUUGAUGAACAGCCUGAGGUAUUACAUCUUGUUGUACAUGAUGAAGAAGCACUGGCCUCCUUGUCUGUGUUGUCUUCAGAAACUGUUUACAGAGAAACAGUUUUCAUAA